AUGGUCGCCCUGCUUGGGUGGGAGUUGGACCUCGACAAAUCCGAAGGGAUGUCGCGGUCGAUUUCUUUGCUUGGGUGCGAGGUUUCCGUGGCCCCGCAGGGGGUGCAUUGGCACCUCGGCCGCGAGAAAGUUGUCGCGUGGCAGCGCGAGGCAGCGGUGAUCUUUAAAGCCGGCUGCACGAGAGAAUGGGCCAUGAGCGCAGUGCCGCGAUCCUGGAGGCGCAUUUUGCGCAAGAGGGCCACUCAAAUCAAUGCUUUUGAGUUGUUGGCGUUGGUAGCAGCACUGAACACGUGGAAGGCGCAGCUCGCAGUCAAGCGGAUCUUGGUUUUUAUCGACAAUACUGCUGCUAAGGACGUCAUGUUGUCAGGUUGGUCGAGACAACCAGAUUUCAACGCAAUUGCCGGCGCGGCAUGGCUGUCCGUUGCCCAGGCGCAGGCCUCCAUCGAGUGCCGGUGGGUGCCGUCGGCGAGCAACCCCGCCGACUGCUUGAGCCGGGGCACGGUAG